AUGAGCUCUCUCGCUUUUCUUUUGACAGAGCUUCAGUCUUUGGCCAGUGAAACGCGAAGGAAGCACCCAGAGAUACGCGAGGCAGCAGAGAAAUCACUUGCUAUCCUCCGUGCAUCUCCGGAACAGGCUACAGCUAGUUUGGCCUCAGAUGGCCCACAAUCGGAUGACCUUCUCAGGCCCGUCUUCAUGGGUUGCGCUACCAAGAACGCAAAGGUUGUCGCCAUAUCUCUCGGCUCCCUACAGCGCCUCAUUACCCUCAAAGCCGUACCCGAAUCUGCAGUCCCCAUGAUCAUUAACACAAUGAAUGAUGCAGUAUCUCAAGGAGUCGACAUUCAGCUGCGUAUCUUGCAGACCCUCGUAUCUCUCGUACCGAAUUUUCCAUCCAUACAUGGAGACCUACUCGGAGAUGCGCUUUUACUAUGUUUCAAGCUUCAGGAGUCUCGGAUUGCUGUGGUUUCGUCCACUGCUGCUGCCACCCUUCGCCAGCUUGUCAUGUUUGUAGUCGAUAAAAUGGUUCUUGAAGAUCGUAUAAUGGAGAACGACGACCUACCACCCUCGCAACUCCUCGAAAUUCAGCUUCCAGACGGUACCACUAAAUCCCUCGGCCCUUCUGCCCACGAUGCCUUUUCUGUUUUUGAGGAUCUUUGUCUCCUCGCCAAUUCAGAGACCCCCCAUUUUUUGAAACUUGAAUUUCUCCACAAGACGUUUGCCCUUGAGCUCAUCGAAAGUGUGCUUACCAACUACCAUGCACUGUUCCGUAAACAUGCAGAGCUCAUCAUGCUUCUCCAACAUCAUCUAUGUCCACUUCUACUCAAGGCCCUUUCAGAAAAACCAAUGUUCUCACUUAUCCUGCGAUGCACGCGUGUAGUUUUCCUGAUGCUCAAACAGUUUUCGUUAGAAUUGAAGACGGAGGCAGAGGUGUUUCUGAUGCUUCUCAUAAGAAUAAUCACGGAAGACGGUAGUGCCGAAACUGGUACUGCGGAGUAUCACUUUCACCAUCAUAUCCACGGUGCGAGACCACCAUGGAUGAGGGUCCUUUCCAUGGAGAUUAUGAGAGGUUUAUGCAGCGAUGCAGAACUCAUGCGAAAUGUAUGGGAACGGUAUGAUUCAGUGGGGGAUACGGGGUCCAAGGUGUUUACCGACCUUAUCACCGCACUGAAGAGACUUGUUACGGAGAAACCCUCAUUACUCGGUAGUGGAUCUCAAAUGGGAGGAAUUGGCGUACAACAGGACAGCGGAACCUCUGGUGCUGGUUAUGGGUUGGACAUGGCAGGAAGGGUUGCGAGUGCAACGGUUUCUGGGGUUGUAGGCAUGAUUGGGUCCGGUGGAGGUGGGUUGAGUCUCCAAGGGUCGUCGAUGAAGCUGCAAUGCAUUGACCAGUUGGACAAGGCAGACGCCCCUCCCAUCCCAGAGUCAUACAUUUACCUGCUAGGCGUCCAGUGCAUAGUCUCGCUCUGCGAAGGACUCGCUUCCUAUGCAGGACCGUUGUACGGCUCAAUCGUGGUACAACGCCCACGCGCAGGGGAGCCAAUGGUUCGUGCACCACCAGCACUCGACCUUUCUACACUCCCACAAGAUGAUCAACAAACAAAACAACUUCGAAUUAUUCAAGAUAUCAUUUCGAACGGAUGGCCUGCCCUUCUAGCCGCGCUCUCCUUUAUCAUUUCUACUAAUCUCUCUGACGAGCUCUUCGUGGAGGUCCUAGCCAGCUACCAAGCGAUGACCAAUGUCUCAGGAAUGCUUGGGCUCUCAACUCCUCGCGAUGCAUUCUUCAACAGCUUAGCAAAGUUCUCUGUCCCUGCUCGUGUUGUGUCCAGCCUGGAUUCGUAUAAUGAGCCACCUCAAACACCUCGAUCAGCGACGGCUGCGUUAUCCGAAGGAUUAGGGCUGGGUGCUCCUCCUACACAACCUCCAGGCCUCUCCGAAAGGAACAUGGCUUGUCUAAAAGUUUUCGUGGGCAGUGCCAUGUUUUUGGCUGGUAGCCUUGGGGAGAGCUGGUACGGGAUCUUGGAGGCGUUGCAGAAUGCGGACUACGUUCUGACAUUUAGAGUCGCCAAUGCACAUUCGACCCCAAACAAGCGCGCAAGCAUGUUCAGCCCCGUCGGAAUUGGAGGUGCCACUGGUGCAUCUGCAAGUCGCUCGGUGUCGACUUCGGGUUCUCAAACUCUCUCGGGACCUACAACUGGGGCUCGUCACCCGCUUCUAACGGACUUGGAUAGUGAAACCCUGCUAAACGCAAUACAGAGGCUAUUCGAUUCUUCGAAGAACUUGGAAGAUCCCGCUUUCAAGGACUUCAUCAACGCCCUUUGUAAGCUUAGUGGAGAGAUGGUCGGAAUGCAAGUUGAGGGUGGGCCUUCCGCUCGCGCAUCGCUGGAGAUCGUGGAUGAGACAGGCAGUACGCAUAGCUUGAUAAUGCCAAAGUUAGAACCUGCCCAACGACGACGGAUGAGUGGAAUUCAUCUUCCAAAGACGCAGCGUACAGGAGAUUUCGGAAUAUCCAAGCUUGGAGGCGUUGCACUGCUUAACAUACACCGCUUGAUAUACCGAUCGCCGGAUGUCGCUUGGAACACGACGACAUCCCACCUUCUAUUGAUCAUUCGACUUCCGUUCGCACCACAAGCUAUCCGGGUCCAGGCCGCCAGAGUUCUGGAUGAAAUCUUGCUUAUUGUCCCGCGUAAUCUAUCCAGCACAGGAGACAUGCAAGGACCAGUCCAGCGACGUGUUCUCGAGGUCCUCUCCCAACAAAUCAUACCAGACGCCGCGUUGUCCAGCCAUGAUACGUCCACAAGUGUCGAGCUUCGCCGCAUGGGCAUGGAAACUUUGCAUCAUAUCUUGCAAGCCUCUGGUCACACACUCGUUGUUGGUUGGGAAAUUAUAUUUCAAAUGCUGGAGAGUGUCUGUCGACCUGCUACUCCCCUGAGAUCAGGAUCUGUGGAUUCGCUAUCUGUUUUAAGUAGUACACCACCGUCAACGCCACGAUUGAAGCCACUCCCACUUGGCCUAGGCAACCCUAGCGAAAAAAGUUAUACCGCCCUUGUUAAGAUUGCCUUCCAGUCGUUGACAUUGGUCUGCGACUCCGUUUCCUCUCUCUCUCCCGAACAUCUCCGCCUGUGCAUCACCACUUUGGGACAGUUUGGGCGACAGGCAGAUACCAACAUCGCCUUGACAGCUGCUGCCAGUUUGUUGUGGAGCGUGUCGGACGCCAUCCAAUCCAAACGGAAAAACGUUGACGAAGAACCGGAGUAUAGUGAACUUUGGAUGUUCCUACUUUUGGAAGUACUGGGCCUCUGCACGGAUGCUAGGUCAGAAGUACGUGACGGGGCCAUCCAGACCCUUUUCCGUACCAUGCAACUCUAUGGUUCAACAUUAAGCUCUGAGACAUGGGACCAGUGUAUAUGGAAAGUCACGUUCCCGCUUCUGGAAUCUCUCACUACAGAAAUACAAUCGUACAACGAGCCUGGCGCCGGCGAAUUGUCGAAAGUGCAGGCCUGGGACGAGUCGAAGAUUUUAGCCUUACAUUCAAUUGGCUCCCUCUUCAACGAUUUCCUUGUUUCAAAAAUCAUGCACCUCGACUCAUUUACCAAGGCCUGGGAUGUCUUCGUUGGACACGUGCAAAAGUCUGUCCUGCUGGAUAAUCGGUCGAUUAGCGCCCCUGCUCUUCGUUGUUUGGAAAAGGCCAUCAAAGCCUCUGCAAGUGCUGAAGGCGUGCUCAAACCACGAUUGACUGAAAUUCUUCAGCGUGUCUGGGAGGCCAUUGACGUUUUGGGAAGCACGGUGAUACAGAGAUCAAGUACUCCAGUCGCGGAAGGGGCCCCUAUUCAGCCUCAGCCACUUACCCAAGAAAGUUUGGUUGCCUUUGUCGACGUUAUACAAAGUACUCGAAAGACUAGCCGCACACUUACUGGCAAGGAAUGGAAUCUGGAAAAGUUGACUCGAUUGAUGGCUGUACUCAAAGGUGUACUCACUUAUCCCAACUCACCUGAUUACAGGCCAGACAUUGAUGUUCUUCCCCCUGUCCAGGCUGUUGUAAUGGACACAAUCACAAACAUCGACCUCACCACAAAAGGAUCGCCUUCUCUCGUUAUCAGGGACCUUUCAGAAUAUGCAACACUGGCUUUCCUUGCUGGCUUUGACGUGCAACCGCAACCCAAGAGUCAGACUCCACAAACGCCUCAAAAACGCGUUACUUAUAUAGCACUCUCCAAAAAAACGAUGCCCCUUCUUGUAGAUCUUCUCAUGCAGUUCAAGGCUGAUCCAGAAAUCUAUGUUGACGGGACGUUUGAAGCUGUGCUUUCUGCCUACUCCAUUCCCGUCAAGCUGAAAUAUGACUGCCCCGCUCCGUCGAAGUUUGGAAAGGACCAACCUCUUUGGAAGACGGCGACUACGUGUUUCCUGCGCAUCGUGAAAGAAUGCGCUCAUCAGAUUAAAGCUUUGGGGACAGAUAUAUCCGAUGAGCGGGUCGAAGGCAUUUGGCGACAAGUCUUAGACGUUUUCCGUGGGGGCAUCCUAGCUGACUGUACCGCGGCAGAAUCAUUCCCGCUUGCUGCUCAGGAAGAGGAGGAGAAUUUUGAUCUCGCUCUUAUUGCGUCUCUUGAGAUUGACGUCGUCCCACACCUUGGGGACAGUAGAGUCCCUGACGAUUUGGUCUCGCGGCUGGCAAGCAUCUUACAGCGGGGUAGCCUGGUCUAUGUAAGUCGCCCAACGGAAAGCCCGACGAGCAGCAAGCCCUUGAAGCUCGUUGUGGAGGAGGACAAGUACGAUCUUGGAAGCACCGACUUUGGCUCUCUGGUUCCCCGAGAGAGAUUUUCAUAUUGGUGUUUCGACCUUCUUUUUCUGAUCUGCUCAGAUACCACGAAAGACCAAGAAAAUUCUCGGAAGCGACUUGCGGCGUUAAGUCUCCCACUACUGAUCAAUCGGUGCCGAACGACGUUGGUUGGUUAUGUCGCAGAUGAAUCACUACGAGGAAGUCUGCCUUUUCCAAGGGCACGAGAAGAGGAACUUCUAUAUGUUCUCCGCAAACUUUUGGCUCUAAGAUUGUGGCGUGGCUCAUUAUGGGCGGCAUUGUCGGACACUCCCACAGCUUAUUGCGUCGAACAGCCAGCCAUAUCCCAGUACCUGUCGUCCUCGGACCUCGUUGCGGAUGUAGUCAAACGUUCAACAAUAGCACACCUAUUCCACUUCUAUCCAGUACUGUGUGAAAUCGCGUCAAUACCGCGGCAAACCCCAGCAGCGUGGAUUGCAAGGCAACCUUUUCUUCCUGUUGCUCCUCAAACGCCAACGCAAAAUUCGAGCGUGGUAAAGUCGAAUGGAGUCGCUGGUAAUGGCCACACGAAUAACACAGACGCUCCAAUCGAGCUUGACGCGAGGACAAUGGCUAGAGAUUGUUUGAAAGAGGUCGGGCGGGAAAUGGGGGUUUCGAGGUGGUUGUCAUGA